AUGGGGGGAGAACAGAAGAAGCGCGCGAUGGUGCCGUCGGAGGAGGUCGAUGUCUCCGCCGAGGGGUACAAGCCCCAGGUCGUCAAAGGUCACUCUCAAGUGUAGUAUCUCUUCACCUCGGCUGGUUCGUCCUUUUUUGCCAUAAUCUGAGCAGAGGUUCCUCUUUUCUCCAUGUCUCUUCCGAUCCGUCCCUCUCUCCCUCCGUUCUGCGCGCGCCUCCGGCAGCCCCCCACGUGGCGGGAUUUGUUCUGCGGUUGUUCGUUUGGCUGGUGGAGACCCCUAUCCUGGGUUCUCUCUUCAUGUCCCUCCUGAAGCGCCAGAAUGGCAUCACCAAGGUUCGUACCGUUGGCCCUCGAGGCCUACUAUUACAGUCUACUCUUUACCUAACUACCUAAUCGGUUUGUAGAUUCUGGAGGAGACGGCGAUUCCCGAGGUUCCCAUGUUCCGACCCGAGUUUCCACCCCAUGGUACUUCCUCCUCGUUUUUGUUCUUGCCAUUCAUAAUGCAUCUUUUGGUCCUUUAUUUUUCCUCUAUUUAAAGGUAGUCAAACUUCUCCUCCCCCCUUGAGUCAGUGACUGUAGAAUUCGCAAAACAAAUCACAGCGUGUCUCCUUGUGAAAUUUCAGUGCCAGAAUCUGGUGUUCUUAAUGUUGAAGAGGAAGAUGAAGAUGGAGAUCCCCUCGCCCGGGUCAAAGUAGCAAUGGCGUGCCUUCCUCCUUACGAUCCAUGCCGACACUUGCGUGUGGAGGCUGACUUUCCUUUUCUAUACUGGACGAUCCGUGACUAUGCGCACGCUUAUCAGUCUAAUCUUACAAGCCCCACAAUUGUGAGCUAUAUUCCCUUGUGAUAGACUUAGAGUCCAAUUACGCGCAAGUCUAGAUGAAGGAAACAAAUUUGUGACUAGGUUGCAGAGCGAAUCAUCUCGGUGGUGGAAGCUUUCAACCAUAAAAAACCUUCAAUGCCCCUGCUGAUAUCUUUUAAUCCGGAAGAAUUGAGAAAGCAAGCUGCAGCGUCUACACAGAGAUAUCUAGAGGGUAUUUCUAUGGAAUGGAUUUGGAUCACCUUCUGAUUAUACUUUAGAAAACAUUCUCUGGCGCCAUAACGUCGGGAUCAUGUGGCCUGCCACUUCUCUAAUCAGGGCAACCUGUGUACUAUUUCUGUUCUUUGCAGGAAAGCCCUUAUCAGUCUUGGAUGGAAUUUUCAUGGCUGUCAAGGAUGAUGUUGAUUGCUGUCCAUAUCCAACUAAUGGUAAGGUUUCAGUAUUUUUUUUCCAUGUGUAUCGUUAUGUGCAGUUCCACGCAUAUUAUAUGUGUGUGUGUAUUUUAAUGUUAAGCCCAAUCCUUUCAGGUGGAACAACGUGGUUCCACAAGGUCCGCACAGUCAAAAGGGAUGCUGUUUGUGUCUCUAGAUUGCGAUGCUGUGGUGUGAUAUUUAUCGGAAAGGCAAACAUGCAUGAAUUAGGAAUGGGAGUGACAGGAAAUAAUCCGAAUUAUGGGUAAGAAGAUCUUCCUUUACCUGGUUUUGAUACUCAUGGUUCACAGGGUUCAUGGAUAAUAGUCUCCAUAUUUUGUGAUGAUGAUCAUCGAUGAUGAUCAAUUCUUCAUUAGAGCUUGAUGCCUCAGUGUCUAAAUUUAAGGGUUUCAUCCUAGGAAGUUUUAAUAAUGUAGUACUAAACUUUAUUUCGCAGAACUUUUCAUCCCUACUCAUCUCCCCACCCUCAAAGAAAAAAUCCCCCAAAAAUUUAGCUUGUCGUCGGAUAAGCAAUGGGUUCAUGGUUAGAGGAUGAUGAUAUAUUACAAGGAUCAAGUAUAUGUGAUUUACUCUUGUGAAUUGUGUGUAUACGCAUGUAUACACAUACAUAUAGACAAUCACAGAGACAAGAUCCUUUAGGAGGAAUUUGCUUUAGGCCAAAAGUCUUACGUCAGGAACACAAGUAAAAUUUGGCGAAAUUGUCUGUGGUAUUUUGAGGGAUAAAUUCACUUUAAAAUGUGCAUUUCAUCUUUUUUGCUGGAAUAUUUGCCUCUGAUACUUGCAUGAUGCUGACUUUUGUCUUGUUAUUUGCCUUUAAUUUAUACCAUCAUUCCUCUCCCAUCCUUUUUCAAUGAAAAGAUUAUUUGAUCUUCCUCUUGCUUCGUGAGGUAUAUGUUUGCCAGCCCUGUUGUUUCCAAAUCUACAGUUUAUUUUCACUGGAAAUUCUUCCUUAACGUGGGGUAAUUCUGCAAGUCUCUGUGGGAGGGAUUUCCUCUCCUAUUUUUUAUUGCAGUUUGGUAAGUUGUUCCACAUGCAAAUGCAGGUUUGUAAGUUUUACUGCCAAAUCGCAGCAAUAUGUAUGGUAAUUCCUUUUAAAUGUGGCUCUAACUCUCCAUCAAUUAAUUAGCAUUUCCUAUGUUGGUUGUACUCUCAUUCAAACCCAUUCACGCCCAAGAGAGAACCAGCUUCAUGUGGUAUCACUAAUGUUGGUUCAAUAUGAUACAACUCGAGAUGUGAACAGGGGAAAGAGAGAGGAGCAGAGGGAGAGAGAAAACGACGGGGACACACAGAAUAGUGGACUCGACAUCAGCCCUAAUUGUGGAAUCUAGUAUAUAUACUAGACUCUAGAUGGGCUAAGAUGGCCCAGUACGGCCCAGACAUAUAUACUCUAACACAGACCAUCAAAGAUUCUAUCAGAUCUGGAGUGGACUAAUAGUGGGACUAAUAGUACUAUCCCCUUUCAUAUUUUUUAUUUCAUUCACCAAAGGAUCAGUCUAAUAAUACCACUCACUGGUAAAGAGCGCAAUACUUCUUUGUGAGUCUCCACAGAUUGAAUAUUGAACAUCAUAACCACUAAUGGAAAUGAAGCGGCUAUAGUUCCGAUAUAAACUGCUAGGGAGAUCGUACAUAAUGCUGUAUUCUCUUAUCUAUUCAUACCUACUUAGCAGAAAUGAUGAAUGUUCUUUUGCCUUAUUUAUGCAUUGAAUGUAGCAUUUGGUGGGCAUUGCUGUCGGAAGUCAAUCUCAGUCGUAUACUUCACCCACCUACAGAAUGGGAAAUAUGGGAAGUUAUAGAAGGGAUUUUUUGUAAAAUUUUAAGUAUUGGAGAGAAAGAGAUGGAACACAGUAAGUUCUAUGUUGAAACUGGACGAGAUAUAUUCCUUAGAUGAGUCUUUUCCCUGGAAUUCUAGUUGGAAUUUUGUUCUCACUAUUUCACAAGUGAAUGGAUUUCUUAAACUGGAAUUGUCUGAUUUCCUCACAUUACACCAGGACUGUGCGAAAUCCACACUCAUUUGAAAGAUAUACUGGUGGCUCUUCUUCUGGCUCUGCUGCAAUCGUGGCCUGUGGAUUAUGUCCAGCUGCUCUUGGCACGGAUGGAGGAGGUUAGUAGAAACCUUGGGCAUCUCAUUUGUUUGGUGUAGGUGGAGACUUCAAUUGUGGUUCAUCUAGUUUGGAAUCUUGUACAGGCUCAGUUAGAAUUCCAUCUUCACUCUGUGGCAUUGUGGGCUUGAAGACGACUUUUGGGCGAACAGACAUGAAAGGGUAAUGCAGCUUUUUACAUGAAUCAAUCGUUACUUAUCUAUCCGCCAAGUGCGCCAUGGAUACGUGUCAGUUUGUCCAGAAAAUGUGUGCUGUAAGUUAUAGCUUUUACUGAUGUGCAGAAUAUAUGUGGGAUCUCACAUUUAUAUGCGUAUUUUCGCCUCUAUUGCUAUGUAUCUGUAUGUCCAAGUCGAUGUCAGAAUGAGAUGUAAGCUCAUUUUACAUCCUUAUGUAAAAUCGUUGAUGAAAAUUCCUUUGGAAUUUAAUUAAUCUUAUACAUGACAUCCAGAAGAAUUGUCAAUGUCUCCUCUUGUUAUUCUUGUUUUUCGAGAUCACACACAAUCUUUAGUAUGAAAAGAAUUUUUUUCCCUUGUCAUGGUCAACAUCCUUCUGAGGUUUUUUGUAAGUUGUAAUAUUUUUCUUUGUUUACUUGCAGCACAUUGUGUGAUGGUGGAACCGUUGAUGUCGUAUCCCCACUUGCAGCUGCUGUUGAAGACAUCAUGCUAGUGUAAACCUCGUAACCAACAUUAUCACCAGAAAUUUGGACGGAUUUUAUUUUCUCCACGAAUUCCAAACUUUCCUAGAGUUACUAAUUAUGAAAAAUACAGAGAAAUGUAGGAAAGAAUAAAUCGAAGAUUUUUUUUAGAAAUUGAUAAAUAUCUAGUUCUACCAUAGGACUGCAGCGUAACAUGCUUUCAAUUUGAUAUUCCCUUUUUGAAUUGCCGGGCUCUGUGAAAAUGGCUGAAUGUCUGUAUCGUUUUGCAAAUUCCUUGUCGCGAGAUCUCUUAUUAGAAAUUUUUAACCUUUGUUUACUGCAUGGGGUCCACUACUCCUAGUUUAUUACUGAUCUGAACACUUUCCUCUUACCAUGGUUCUGUGUAUGUGUCGAAUAUGUUAAAAAUGCUACAUUUAUUCUGAUUUUCAUCGUCAUUACUAGAUUUGUCUCAUUCAUGACUAUAGGUUACCGUAUCAAGAACGCAAAGAUUUGGUGAAGUUCUUUGCUUGGUUAACCUCCUGUCCACCCACUAACGACAGUUCCUAUUAUCUGUCCAAUUGUAGCUCCAAAUGAGAGAUAUCUUGCCAAGAUACUUAUGGGACAAAUUAAUGGGAAGAAAAAUACCUUUUUUCUCGUGAGAUUUAGGUUCAUAUAUCCGAAGGCUAGCUAUUUUAGGUCCUUCAAGACUUUUAAAAAGAAUCUGGACAAAGAGGUAUACAGAUAUAUUAUCCAGGAUGACUGGCCGAGGGAAGAUGAAGGGGAACAUAAUUUUGCCAAUCUGGUUGUCUUCAUCCCUUUUCCAAACUCAAUCACUAUAAACAGCUUUUUUUGUCAGUUCAUUGAACUCUACUCAUAUCAUUAAUUGCGUGACAUGAAAUAUGGUCAAUUCCAUUUUUCCAUUUUUAAUUUUCUUACAGUAACAAAUUAUGUGCUAGCCUAUUAUGAUUUUUCAGGUAUUCAGCAAUGUCAGGGUCAUCUCCAUCCAACAAAAUCACUUUAAAUCCGGUAAUUUUUGAAAAAUUAUUCACUAUCAUUAGGAAUUUAGUGGCUCUCAGCUGUUGUUUGGUCACUAGGAAGAGAGUCACAUGUGAAUGUUUACAUUUGUGCGAAAUCAUUUGAUGGCAACUUCCGAUUCUGUACCGAUUUUCUGUGGAAAGAGUACAAAAGCAAGCUGACCAUCAAGUUCUAUCAUCAUCGUUGUUUUCAUUCUAGCCGGCCCUUCACUUCUUGGCAAGGAAAAACGGAUGUGAUUUACCAGUUGAUGCCAGUUUACGCAUAUCACAUGUUGCAAUGCAGAUUAGGGAUACUUUCGAUCCAGCAGCUGAUGUAGUUUCUUAGAUAGAGAAGUAUAGAAUUGUUUGAGGAUGAGUGGUUCUAUAUUAACAGCUGACCAACCUCGAGUCGCACAGAAAGGCAACAUGAACUGGAUAUUACGGCUUGACAAAUGCUUGUAUUGGCAAAACAGGUUAUAGAGAAACGAUUUGAAAGAAAAUUCUAGAGUAGUUUACUUCUUUGAUUAUUCUUCUAUAUCUCUCUAGUUUGCUAACUGAAAAUUCGUUUCAAGCGUUCCAUAUUACAUGCACGUGUCCUUAUUGGGCCAUUUACCCCAUAUAAUCAUUUGAUAAUGGUGGAGGCUCAUCAAUUUCGAUCACAUUACAUUUAUUCCAAUACUGUUAGCCUCUGCCAAGUGAUCACGGCACAUAAAUCCAGGAUAAAUCUGCAGCACCGGUACCAUGUUAAUAUUGGACCACUCUAACUCAACUAAUUCACAUCGAUUUGGGGUUUGCCUGAAUAUUUGACCAUCGGAAUUUCCGAUUAUCAGAGAGUCCAUUGGAAUAUAGAUUCAUCAGGCCCAUGUUGUCACUUGUUACAGUGUUAGUGAGUCAUGUAGAACAUGGAGCGAUAAUGACGGGCCACAGAUUUUACCUUAACUUUACCUUCAAUUAUCAGUAUAAUUUCCUGUGAAGCUCAGCUGCAAUCCUUGUUCUCAAUGAUCUUUCUAUCCCGAUUUCUAUACCUUCGAUUUUCUCCAUCAAAAUUACGUCCUGCAGUUUGUAUUAUUGCCCUGAAAUAUUUCGACAGGAUUUUUGAUUUAGCAUCCCUAUAUCGAUAUUUUUUAGUAAGUAUUACUUCGUUCAGAUAAUGCCUAUCUUCUCAUAUUCGGAAAUAUUAGCGUCUUCUAUUAUGUUAAUGAUGUUCUUGAAGUUAAGUAUAUGUCCCCUUUGAUUUUGCAAACUGUUUCAUUGAAUAUUUCACUAAUAUGUUAUAUUGUUUCACUGUAGCCACCAAUCUGUUUGCCAAACUUAUCUAUGUCUGAUAAGUUUGAUGUAUUGAGAUCACUGAAACUGGGAAAAUACUCUGAGGUAAUUUAAUAUUUUUCAUGAUUAUAAGAAUUGAUAUAUCUCAGUGUGUAAUCCCCAUUGUCUUGUACUCCAGUGGUUUAAUGAUGUGAAAUCCUCUGAUAUCUCUGCGAAGUGUGAUGAAGUACUUAACAUGCUUUCAAGUAAUUAUGGAUGCCAAGUGAGUCAUUGUUCUUGUUUUACUUCCUCUUGAGAUCAAAACUGACAUUAUGAUAUUUAUCAUAGACCAUAUAUGAUCAAUGAACGAAAAUCUGCAACUUUUGCCUUCCCUCCCAGUUUUUUUAUUUUUUUGUAUGACAAUUGGUUGUAUGAAGACCGUAGAGAUUACAUUACCGGAGCUUGAGGAGAUGCGUAAUGCUCAUUUGGUUUCAAUUGGUUCUGAAGUACUGUGUUCAUUGAACCCGUAUUACAAGAAUGGGUAAUUUCCAUCUGAGUUCACAUUGUACUCUUUAUUGAUGUAGCUGCAGUAUCAGAUCAAUCUUGGUACAAAUUGAAGUCCAUGUAAUAUUUUCUUCUCACAUCACAGCAUCUUUUUGCUCAUCUACCCUAUAGGAGGCGAACUGAGCUGUCACUGGAUGUCCGUACGAGUUUUGGUCUUUUUAAAUCGUUCUCAGCUGCAAAUUACGUUGCUGGGCAGCGUCUGAGGUAAGAUGAUUUUGCUACAAACUUUUUCCCGACUUUCACUUUCGAUUUAGAGAACUUAAGUUGUCAUAUUUCUUUCAUAGUGAAUUGUAUUAUCCUAGACAACUAUUUUGUGCAUGUGGUUUCGUUUGAAGUUUCAUCGGUGAUCUCGAGUUUGAGGAACAUUGCAGAUUCCAGCCGAGAUGACCAGGAAAUGGAAGGAUAAUGACAGGAUGCUAUGACUUAGCUUAGUUAAUUCACAGUGCUUAGUGGCAUUCUGGACUGGAGAUAUGUGUGAUUCUGUUCUUGUCUAUGGUACAUUAAAGCUGUACAGAAUGCUUCGUAUUUCUAUUUUGUAAAUUACCAUUUUCAUGAAAAGUGUGAGUCGGAACCUAUCAAUUAUAAAAAUGCGCAUACAUAUUUGGCGGUUGAAUUCUUAUUUUCUAUUUUAUGAAGUUGUGUGGUAAUUCCUUGAGUAGCAUAUGAUGUCCCAUUGAUAUGACCAAUGUUUCUGCGUUAGAUUUGUUUGUAAUGUAUCAUUUGUGACUUGAUACUGACGUCCUCAUGUCGACUGUUAUCCAAAUCAAAAAUGAAAGCUUUUUAUAGACUAAACCUUAGACUUUCGCGAGGACAUUUAUCUACUUUGUGUAAAAAGUUUAUGAUGAAAGUCGUGAGAUAUUUUUUAAAGAACAUUUAUGACUUUGGCGUGCUAAAUUUUUAGGCCUUACGAAGAUAGUCGGAGAGAAACUCUCCCAGCCCUAUAUAUAUUGAGAAGUUACAUUUAGUUAUGAAGUGAAGCAUAAGUUCUUUCAUCACUUCAUCAAUUGCAGGAGAAGGCUGAUGUUUUUUCAUAUGGAAGUUUUCAAGGAGGUGGACAUUAUAGUGACCCCUACAACUGGGUAUGCUGUUUCACUUGUUCCUCUUGUCAUGCUUUAUUUUUGUGUGGUUUCAUUCCACUAAGUUCUCCCUGACAUCUCUCCUUUGUAAAGUUUUUAUAUUUUCUUGUUUAAACUAAUACCUAUGAUGGUUCCUUGCCAAUAAUGACUGUUCUUAAGGUUCCCAUUUUUCACUUUAGUAUGUGCAGACCCUGAUAUCAAUGAUUCUCAUUUGGGAGCCAUCAAAUAGCCUUGAACAUUAGAAAUAUGAGGAAGAUUCUGCUUUCAUGCAAUUUUCUUUCUUGCAAGUAUGCGUAUAGAUUAUCAAAACCAUAGUAGUUCUCAUGUUGUGGGGCAUAAAAUGACUAUUUUCUUCAUUUUUGUAGUUAUCAUGUUGUGGGGCGUAAAGAACACCCCUAGAAUGAGGGAUGAGUGAUGAUAGAGGCAUCCUCAUCGUGUUACUGGUGUGAUGAUAUUGGUGAAGAAUAGUUUUUGGCUUGGAUUGUUAUUUCCUUAUGGUCACACAGGCAUGAGAGUACAUUUCGUCUAUGGUACUUAGAUUGUCUUUCUUCAUGAAGUACAUUUUCAUCAAGCGUAUGGGUUAUUGAGCUUCAAUUCAAGCCUAGUGCAGUUUGGAAGCCUACCGAUGGCUUCUAUAAUUCUCUCCAAUGGGUAUUGUAGAAAAUGGAGAGAGAAACCUCUGACAAAGGACAGGGGAGAACGGCAGAAACUGCCUCAAUUCCAUUCAACGAUUACACCCUUUUUAUAUAGGGAGAAACCUUAGAUAAUUUUCCAAAAACACCUUCAACUUAUUAUAUUAUUUCCCUACGACCUAGAGCUUCUAACACUCCCCCUCAAGAUGAACUUUGGAGAAGUUUAUCUUGACUAAGUUGUUCAUGAUUCGUUGUGGCAGCAACUCCCCUUUUGACAGCUGUCAAAGAUGACCACUACCGAGGUCGUGGAUUUGCCGGCACCUUUGGCUCUUCUAAUGGUUGUUACGCACUGAGAACAGCUCUGUAGGAGAAUGAUGCCUUCAGACUCCGCACAGCCUUGGAUGUUGUCAACCUUUGCGGACUGUGAGAGAUCCUAGUAGCUGGACUAGAGAAGAUGUCAAACUAAGAUUGAUUGAGGCGGACUGAGGAGGAUGGAGGACAACACUAGAUUCAGACAAUACCUGAAAGAUGACUAGAUAGGGAUUACACCGGAAAGAAACUCGAUAGAGGUGGAAGGCCUCGCCAGAAAGGUACUUGGCAUAGGUGGAAGGCCUCACCAGAAGGUUACCCAGCAGAGGCAGAAGGCCUCACUGGAAGGCAGCACGACGCCAAUAGCAGCACGCUGGCAGAUGGCAGCAGAUAGGAGGCGCCGGAUAGCGCUGGACUCCAGUGGUGGUGGUGAUGGCACUCCCCCAGACAAGAGACGUCAAGUAGAGCCAACGAAUCCCUGGCAGAGCGAACCCACUCUGAUACCAUGUAGAAAAUGGAGAGAGUAACCUUUGUCACAGAGGACAAGGGAGAAUGGCAGAAACUGCCUCAAUUCCAUUCAACUAUUACACCCCUUAAUAUAGGGAGAAACCCAAAACAAUUUUUCCCAAAACACCCUUAACUUAUUACAUUAUUUCCCUACGUCUUAGAACUUCCAACAGGUAUCAAUUAAUAGUUCCAAUGGAUGAUUCGUUGAGUAUUUGCUGUUAGAUAAAUAGAACAUUCGCUGCUAAGACUAUUAUUCAACUAUUUACACUAACAUAUUUCAUUAUGUUACCAUCUUACCAACACAAUGGCCUGUCGUGAGCCUAAAUUUCUGAUGACAUUGAAAAAUAUUAAUGUUUUGUUGUAAAUGUGCUUCAAUGUAAUCUGCUGACUACAAUCAAGAAUAUAGAGGACAUCUUGCUCUAAUUUCUGUCUCUCACAUCCCUACAGCCCUAUUAGAUGGGAGAUUAUAUUUGUAGUUCCUCUAAUAUUUCGCUGUAACUUUUGCUUCAUACUGUUUCUACGUACAUUCUACUGCUUGUUUCAUUCAACAGCAGUACUGUCUAAGGAAUCGUCCUUAAGAAAGAAGAAAAAGCAUGGACGUGUGAGGUGUAGAAAAAGCUGAGACCAUUCUUUCUGUAUGAAUGAUUUAUCAUUACUUGUUCAACUAAGCAAUAUGUUUAGAAAGACAGUUGAAGAUAAGUAUGGUCCAAUCAAUUGCUUGUUCCAUUAGUGGGUGCUUAGCAAUAAAAUUUAUCCAUUCAUCUGCAAAAUAGAGCGUAUAGUUUUCUUUUACUCAUUGAAAUGACUGUUUCUUGUUAAAUCGUGUGCUCUUCGUUCCCGUAUUUUCUGUAUAGUUACACCCUAAAGCUUAUUGAACUACUCCGCUGGAGAAAACAAGUUCAGAAAAUAUUCUAGAUCCAUGCUUGUAUAGGAUCAUCUAUUAAAGAUACUGGAUGAACCGUUGUUUUUUUCAGGGUCCAUGAAAUUUAUUGACUCAUCUUUUAUUGCAUCAGUAUGACAGCCCCUAUAAUACCCUCGGAUUCUCUAGAGCACGGUGAGACAAAUUAUGAAGUUUCAGGUGUGUUUAAAUUCACGUUGAAUUUUAGCCAUGGUUUUAAGUCACUAUGAUAGUCUUUAUGUAACGGAUUCCAUGAUAAGCAUUCCCCAAAUCAUGUGCACAAGCUUCGGCCUUUUAUACUUGUGUUUGAUAAUGACACCCUUGGCGUGUUAGAUUUUGUGAAUGUUCACCACGUGCUCAGGCUGGGUGUAGAUAUCACACAAAUGCUCGACUGUUUUUUGUACACCAAUAAUUGAAAUUCGAUAAUCAGGGCCCCAAUUUGUUGGGAUAAUCUUUCUAUGUGCUAAAGGUUUAUUGCGAAAUAACAACAUUUUCAGACCAACUGCAUAUGUACGUAAGUUUUUUUCUUUGGGUUCAAGCAUGUCAGGGCCACUGGAAGGCAAUCUUCGAUCAUGUCUCCAUUCUCCACGCUGUCACAUUCAGUUUUAUAGUCGUAUUUUUAAUUUUAUCCUGAUGCCAGAUCUUGUUUCUCCUGAGGACACUCUCUCAGUCCCUACUCAGAAGUGCUAGGCUCUGUAGGCGACGAAUUCACUCUUAGACUAUUCGGUGUGGUUUCAUCAUUUUCCUACCUUGUCGCCCAUAUCAUAUUUCUGGUAAUAGGACCAGACCUUUCACCAUUCUAUGGAUGUCUUCGAACUGAUAUUUGCUCCUCCCUUACCGUAUGUUUUUCUCCUCGGCGGACUAUUCGUUGUCCUGCACUGAUUUAAAUAGAGAUUUUGAAUCCCUCAUGCAUUAAUCCGUCUUGUGAACUUUGUGAUUGCAUUGCAGGUUAUCUCAUGAGAUUUGUACUGGCCGCAAAUCUUCUUGGAUUUCCAGCAAUUUCCAUUCCUGUAAGUCAAAUCUAACGAACUCAUUCGGCACAUAUGAUCAUGAAGUGUGUUUCAAGAUUAUCUAUGCUAAAAUUAGAGAUCAAAAAGAUAAGUAGUUUUUUUUAUUUUUGUGUGCAUCAGUCUAGAUUGUACGUAGGAAAGAUUAUUAGAUUACGGAGUCUUUUUUAUUUUUUUAGUUGACAAGCUCAUUUAUGCGAUUUGUGGGAAUAUUAAUGUAUUCUAACUGUGGGGCCACGCUUCCCUAAGCACCUUCUAAAUGGGCAAGUUUCUCUCCUGUGAUCUCCAAACUCCGGUCCUGUGGGCUCAUUGCGUCUGUGAACAUGGUUAUACUCGAACCACAUAAAAAUCGUAUAUCUUCUUCCUUUUAUGAUUUUCUGUCUUCCUCAUCGUCUCCCACAAUUUGCUAAUUAUUUAGAAAAAAAAAUGGUUGCAGAGCCCUUUGGAGCCUGGUGUCCAGAACUGUGUGCACCGGGUAGUGCUACCUUCUAGAUUUUCAAGUCGUGAGGAUCAUGCAUCCAACCCUUGAAUGGUUUAAAAGUGCCACGUUGGAGUGAGAUAAGGGUAACAUGAAACCUGCCCCAUUCUCCCACCCCCCCUUGUGAUCCAAGAGCAGGUCAAUGAUUAUUGAUUGGCCCGCGUUAGAAAGUAGAAGGAUUAUAAGUUAGGUUAUUACACGUCCAACCUCCUCACCCCUUUUUAUAUGUAGACUGGAGAGUGGGCAUUACUGCUUGGAACCUGAGAUGGCGUAGCCCUUUUAGGUCCAUAUCCUAAUUAGUGCUAAAAAAUCGAGCCUCCAAUAGCUGACAUGAACCAAGGUCCAAAGAAAUAUGCUGUCUCCUGCAGGGCGCCAUAUCUAGUGCAGACUAACGUAUAAAUCAGGAUGCUGGCUACUGCCAUUCUUGUCCGACUCUCGGCAAAAUUCAUUGCCCAUUUCCCCAAGAGCUGCUGAUGGCUCCGCUUGUGCUGGUUCUGUUGCAUCCUAAGAAUUUUGCUUCCCUGUUUUCCCUCUCGAAGUCUGUGAUUAAUCAGAAACUUCUGGAAUAUCAUGAAAUUCCAGUGCAAGUAAUCUUCACAUUAAAAAAUAAAAUAAAAUAAAAUCUUGCAUCCUUCUUUUUUUCUGAGAAUUUAUGUCCAGUGGGGGCAUACUUUCAUGCAACGUUGUGAAGUGCUUGUCCUUGCCGGUGAUAUGUGAUUUGUCAUUGUCCUAGUGUCGGAGCCACUUGUUGUCCUUAAAAAACAUUCCCCUCCCUGGUCGGAUCAUGGUCGGAUGGGCUGCUGCCUCGCAGAAUUUACGAAUUUUCCACAUUAUUCGUAUCAUCUUGAUCACCAUCCCCUAUACACAUUUGAUCUGUGCGGUUACAACUAACCAGAUGUGGAUGCAGCAAGUGUAGUAACUCUUUCGAAGCGAAAAAGGGCCCCUUUUUUUCUCAUAAAGCAGCUCACACUUUGCAAGCAAAGAACUUGGGCAGGCAGCCUUUACGUUCUCUUUAAUGAACCGUUCGUUCUCUCUGCUUGAACAAUGUCUUCCGGCGUCCAGGUGGGCCACGAUGAACAAGGGCUGCCCAUAGGCUUGCAACUGAUCGGCCGUCCAUGGGGUGAAGCAACUAUCCUGCGUGCCGCCGCAGCAGUCGAGGUCCGUAUUCUACUCCCCCCCCAUCUCUCUCCUUUGCCAUCCACGUGCGUGAGUGCAUCUCCUCCCACGUCGAGCUCGCCCUUUUGCUGUGGGACCUCCCGACACAGACGCUGCCGCAGGCGCGUGCUUAGUCGGUCCGUCCUCGGCGACGUUUCCCGUGCGGCUGCUGAUCUGCGCUUCUCUUCCCUCGAUCUGCAGGAGUUGUGCUCGGGUUCCAGGAGAAGGCCCGCCGCAUUUUAUGACGUCCUCAGGAGAACGGGGGGGGGGGGGGGAUUCUCGCCCCAAAUGUAG